GGCCUUGAGCUCUCCUUUCUGCUACUUCUUCUAGCAGAUGUGAACAGCAAGGAAAUGCACUGUGGAAACCAGACUUCUGUGUCUCACUUCAUUUUGGUGGGCCUGCACCACCCACCGCAGCUAGGGGUGCCACUCUUCCUGGCUUUCCUGGUCAUCUAUGCCCUCACUGUCUCUGGCAACGGGCUCAUCAUCUUCACCGUCUUGGUGGACACCCGGCUUCACCGCCCCAUGUACUGGUUCCUGUGUCAUCUCUCCUUCUUGGACAUGACCGUUUCCUCUGCCAUUGUCCCCAAGAUGCUAGCUGGCUUUGUCUUGGAUAGCAGGGUCAUCUCCUUUGGAGGCUGUGUAAUCCAACUCUUUUCUUUCCAUUUCCUGGGCUGUACUGAAUGCUUCCUUUACACGCUCAUGGCUUAUGAUCGCUUCUUGGCCAUCUGUAAGCCUUUACAUUAUGCCACCAUCAUGACCCGGAACGUCUGUAAUUACCUGGCUUUGGGCACCUGGCUGGGAGGUACCCUCCACUCACUUUUCCAAACAAGCUUCAUAUUCCGGCUGCCCUUCUGUGGCCCAAACCAGGUAGACUACUUCUUCUGUGACAUUCCCGCCAUGCUGCGUCUAGCCUGUGCUGAUAUCACCGUCAAUGAGCUGGUCACCUUUGUGGACAUUGGGUUCUUGGCCCUCACCUGCUUCAUGCUCAUCCUCACUUCCUAUGGGUAUAUAGUGGCUGCCAUCCUGCGAAUCCAGUCCGCUGAUGGGCGCCGCAACGCCUUCUCCACCUGUGCUGCCCACCUCACUGUUGUCAUUGUUUACUAUGUGCCCUGCACCUUCAUUUACCUUCGCCCUGGCUCUCAGGAAACCCUGGAUGGAGUGGUCGCCGUCUUCUACACUGUCAUCACCCCCUUGCUUAAUCCCAUCGUCUACACGCUCCGCAACAAAGAGAUGAAGGCAGCAUUGUGGAGGCUGGGAGGUCGCAAGGAUGUGCUGCCUCACUGA